CGCCCGCAGCGCCGAGAUCGGGGCACCAUGUUCCCGCGCCCGCUGACCCCGCUGGCAGUCGCCAAGGGUGUCGAGCCCUUGGGCCGGCCUCCGAGGCGGGCCCCGCUGGGUCGGGCCCGGGCGGGCCUGGGGGGCGCGCCGCUGCUGCUGCCGUCCAUGCUGAUGUUCGCGGUGAUCGUGGCCUCCAGCGGGCUGCUGCUCAUGAUCGAGCGGGGCAUCCUCGCCGAGAUGAAGCCCCUACCCCUGAACCCGAGCAGCCACAAGGGCGCGGCCUGGCGCGGGGCAGCCUUCAAGCCUCUGGAUGCCAGCGAUCCGGACUUGCAAGUGCGGCGGGACGUUCGGAACCGGACCUUGAGGACCGUGUGUGGACAACCUGGCAUGCCCCGGGACCCCUGGGACUUGCCCGUGGGGCAGCGACGCACCCUGCUUCGCCACAUCCUCGUAAGUGACCGCUAUCACUUCCUCUACUGCUACGUCCCCAAAGUGGCCUGCUCUAACUGGAAGCGGGUGCUGAAGGUGCUGGCGGGUGUCCUGGACAGCGUGGAUGUCCGCCUCAAGAUGGACCACCGGAGUGAUCUGGUGUUCCUGGCAGACCUGCGGCCCGAGGAGAUUCGCUACCGCCUGCAGCACUACUUCAAGUUCCUGUUUGUGCGCGACCCCCUGGAGCGCCUCCUCUCCGCCUACCGCAACAAGUUUGGAGAGAUCCGGGAGUACCAGCAGCGCUAUGGGGCUGAGAUUGUGAGGCGGUACCGGGCCGGAGCUGGACCCAGCCCUGCAGGGGACGAUGUCACCUUCCCAGAAUUCCUGAGAUACCUGGUGGAUGAGGAUCCUGAGCACAUGAAUGAGCAUUGGAUGCCAGUGUACCAUCUGUGCCAGCCUUGCGCUGUGCACUAUGACUUCGUAGGCUCCUACGAGAGGCUGGAGGCUGAUGCCAACCAGGUGCUGGAGUGGGUGCAGGCCCCAACCCAUGUUCGCUUCCCAGCUCGACAGGCCUGGUACCGGCCAGCCAGCCCUGAAAGCCUGCAUUACCACUUGUGCAGUGUCCCACGGGCUCUGCUGCAGGAUGUGCUGCCUAAGUAUAUACUUGAUUUCUCCCUCUUUGCCUACCCACUGCCUAAUGUUACCAGGGCAGCCUGUAACCAGUGACCACGGGCCACCAGCUUUUAGGGUAACUUCUGCCAUGCUGCUCAGAGAAACCCUGGCCCUGGGGGCUUGGAGCUUCUCCAGAUGUCUGGAUAUCCAGAUGGCAGAGACUGUCUUCAGGAGUUCCUUGUCUAGAGGUGGUGCCCACAAUGGUUCAGAGGACAGGUCUAGUCCGGACAGACCUGCUAUUCCCACUGGGGGAAUGUUUUAUAGGCCGUUGGGAGGAUGCUUCCUGUGUCGGAGCCUGGCUAGUGUGUUAGUGAAGCCAUACAUCCGAUCUAAAGCCUGACUGUGCCUGUGCAGUCUACCGGUUCCACCCUGAUUUAACCGGUGACCAACCCCAAAGGCGGCACCAGCCUUGAAGCAUGAUCAGCGCCCAGGGCCCUGUGGCUUUGAUCCCCUGACCAUCCACUACUCCAUGUGCCUCAGGACUGGAAUGAGCUGUGGUGCCUUAUAAAUGAAGCUUGUGUCUUUCUGCCUCAGACUGAGAAUUUGCUACACUUGCCAAGGAAAAUGAGACGGAAGCAGGGCCCCUGUGGCAGCUCUAGGGCCCGCUCCCCGAGCCUCCAGACCCCUGUGUACCCCACCUCUUCCUAGGGCUCCAGUAACCUCUUCAGUAAUCUCCCUUCCUUUUCUACAAGGCCUUCAAAGUUGUAACUGUGGUUGGUAUAGCUGACUGCCUCUUUUGUAAUGCAUUUAUUUAAAAUUUGUACUUUUUGAUAGACUCUUUGUAAGGGCAGAACUUUUAAUAAACUUUUUU